AUAUAGUGAAUGCCGGGUCCGGGGAGACCGGAUGUAGUGAAUGUGGGGUCCAGGGAGACCAGAUAUAGUGAAUGCAGGGUCUGGGGAGACCAGAUAUAGUGAAUGCAGGGUCCGGGGAGACCAGAUAUAGUGAAUGCAGGGGUCCGGGGAGACCAGAUAUAGUGAAUGCAGGGUCUGGGGAGACCAGAUAUAGUGAAUGCAGGGUCUGGGGAGACCAGAUAUAGUGAAUGCAGAGUCCCGGAGACCGGAUAUAGUGAAUGCAAGGUCCAGGGAGACCGGAUAUAGUGAAUGCAGGGUCUGGGGAGACCAGAUAUAGUGAAUGCAGGGUCCGGG